AUAAGGUUAGUGUGGCGGGGUCUCGACUUAUAUUACUGAUGUCCUCACUAAGUUGGGGCAGAAAGAGUAAAUAUUUUACGCAUGGAUGGAGGUGCUGACAGGAUAAAAAUGACGGCUCCAGAAGACAUCUUGGCGCAGAGAAACAAAAUACAACGUCAGAUUUUGGCGCUGGAGUCCACUCUAGGCGCCGAUAGUAGCGUUGUAGAUUUGCUGUCAUCGGACAGCGACAGUGAUAGUUUGUCUGAGGACAGUAACAGUGGACGUGUAGGGGAGAAAGUGGCGCAAGAUGCCCUGGAGGCAGAGCGGCAGCAAAUACUGCAAGAGAUUAAGGAGUUAGAGCAAACACUUGGUCCAAAUGCAGCACUCGUUGAUGCCCUGACAGAUAGUGAACAUGGCACUGGCAGUAAACUGGUUUCUAGUGAUGAAGAUAGUGAUGAUGAGGAGCUGUGUCUUCCUCAAGACAUGGAGACCUGCCUGCAGAUGAAUUUGGUCUAUCAGGAGGUGCUGAAAGAGAAACUAGCUGACUUGGAGCGCCUCCUUAAUGAAAAUCGCCAGCAGCAGGAAGAGAUUGAAACCCAGCUUUCUGGACCAUCUUCCACUUCAAGGCAGCCUCACUUGAAACUCUUCCUUGGCACCUUUAUGAAACCAUAUUUUAAAGACAAGCUCACUGGUCUGGGCCCGCCUGCAAAUGAAGAAACCAGAGAGAGGUGUAGUUAUGGAAAAAUGCCCUGUGAUGAGAUGAGAAUCAGAAGAUGGAAUGGUUGGCAAAAAACUUUGCUGAUUGACACAGUUGUCAAAGACACUAUGAAACGCAUGCAGCAGCCAAAGAUGUCCAAGGUGGAAUACUUAACUGGAAAACUAUCUAAAGCAGAAGAUAAGGAAAAAGAAGAACUAAAAAGACAAAUUGUUCUUCUGGAGAAGGAAAUCAAAGAAAUUAGCUCAAUGAAGGAAGACCAGCUGUAUGGAAGUCGCUGGGAUGAUCAUGACUGGGAGAAAAUAUCAAAUAUUGAUUUUGAGGGCCAUCGACAUCCUGAGGAUUUGAUGAGGUUCUGGCAAAAUUACCUGCAUCCCUCCAUUAACAAAUCAUCAUGGAAUCAGGAUGAAAUCGAGAAGCUCAGUAGCACUGUGGUACAGUACAAAUACUGCCACUGGGAUCAAAUCUCAGAGGCUCUCGGGACCAAUAGGUCAGCUUUCAUGUGCUUCCAGACAUACCAGCGCUACAUCUCUAAAAGCUUUAGAAAGAGAUUUUGGACUAAAGAGGAGGACCAGAUCCUCCGAGACCUUGUGGAGAAGAUGAGAAUUGGCAACUUCAUACCAUACACUCAAAUGUCAUAUUUUAUGGAGGGUCGCGAUCACUCACAGAUCAUGUACCGCUGGACAGCUGUCCUUGAUCCUUCGAUAAAGAAGGGCCCUUGGUCAAAAGAAGAGGACCAGUUAUUACUAAAAGCUGUGGAGAAGUUUGGGUGCAAGGACUGGUGUAAAAUCAGACUGGAGGUUCCAGGCAGGACGGACAAUGCUUGUCGGGACAGGUAUCUGGAUUGCCUCCGGGCGGAUGUGAAAAGAGGCACAUGGAGUGCAGAAGAAGUUGAAUUGCUGAAAAAAAUGGUUGAGAAAUAUGGUGUUGGUAAAUGGUCCAAGAUUGCCUCGGAAAUUCCAAACCGGAUUGACUCUCAGUGUUUGAACAAGUGGAGAGGGAUGAUGCAGUUAGCUACGAAAAAAGGCACAAAAAGAGUAAGAAAGAAAACACCAAUGAGUCUCAAUCAAGGUUCCUGGCCAAAGAGGAGAAAAGUGAUCGAGGAGGAAGAAGGGGCCGAAGAGGAAGUCAAAUCGGACUCCAACUCUGAAGACGAAAAGGUAAAAUUGGAAUACAUGGACAGCGAUGGGGAACAGGCAGGAGGUAACAAAUUGGAUGUCCCCUCGGAAGAGGAGAUGGACCAUAAAGAAGAAUACAUCCAACCUGACAUAAAGGAGUGGAUCCCUGCCGGUGGGUUUGUGCAUCCUGCGGGGACCGUAAAAACCAUGCUAGUCAGGUUGCCCACUGAGGAGGACGAGCGGGAUUGGGGAAGGCGCACAGGUCAAAGUGUCGGCAACAGCCCCCUGACACCGCCCUGUCAGUCAAAGCCUGUUCGAAGCACUGUGCUGGAUCACCUGGGGAACCCUGUUAAGACUUAUGUGGGUAUAGAACCACCUGCUUUACCAAUGUGGGACUCCUGCAAUGAAAAUGCUAUGGACAAAGUGCCUGUUAGCGAUGUUCGAUACUUACUCAUUUGGAGCAGUAAUAGACAUCAUAUGAAAGCAAUAAUGCGCAAGAACAAAAAAAACCCAUCUUCAGCCAAGGAACAAAAGCAUGCACAAAGUUACGAGCAGGAGACCAAAAGAGUGAGGAGGCAUCUGAGUAGAGACACCACAAACACCCCCAACACACAGACCAGCCUCAACUAUGCUCUCAUGAUUGCUGUCCUUCCAUGGGUUGGCAAUGUGAUGAUGCCUCUCCUUUUCAGCAGAAAGAAAGUUUGUGAAGCUGAUAUUGUCCGAAAAAGAGCAGCAGUUGUCCAUCUCCAAAAAACGUCAGUUUUUUUGCUCUUUCUGAAGGCCCUUCACAUCGAUGCUGAAGGGUGCAAGAAAGUCAUCGAGGCUCGCAAGGCGUUGGUAAGCCGCACAUCCUCAGUCAAGUGCACUCAGUCACGGAGACAUCAGCCUGAGCCAAUCACUAAUUCAAAACCCCAAACAGCCAUGCAGUACAAUCCUCGUUCCAGUUGUGCUACCAUGACAGUGGCUAAGCUUCUUGCCAAAAAAAAUCUGCAGACGAGUAGUCCCAAACCGCCAGAGACUGAACAGACUCCUGCACCCCCACAGCCAACCAAGCUGCCAAUACCAAGAAAUAAACCUCGAAGGAAGCCACAACAGGUCUUGCAGUCUGCUACUCAGAUCAUGAGGCCUACUCUGGUGGUCCCUUUUAUCAGCCAGUCAAAAACACAUCAGGGAGUGGGUACUCCGGAGCCUGUUAGACAGGAAAUUUUACCUCUUCUACAAUCACAGGGUGCCUUUGAAGUUUGUCAGCCAGUAUUGCAGUUGGUUGUACCUGUAGAACCUUGGAAGAUGGCACAGCCAGAAGUCCCUCUUACUACAUUAACUUUGAGACCAUCCUCUACUGCAUCUCCUACAAAGAGCUUGGGGGAAGUAAAGACCCCCAAAACAGCUAUUCCUACAACCUCAACAUCUAGCCCAUCCACUACUGUACCUCCUACAAAGAGCUCAGGAGAAGUAAAGACCCCCAAAACAGCACCUCCUACAACAUCCACAUCUAGCCCAUCCACCACUCUACCUCCUACAAAAAGCUCAGGAGAAUUAAAGACCCCAAAACGCAUCUGCAGACCCACAAUGAAAGCCCAAGAACUGAUAGAGAAUGCUAAAAUCAAGGCUUCUGAGAAACAGAAAGUUAAAAAGAGACACGGUCAUGAUGAUGCCCCCACGGCUGUGUUACCACAAACUACAGCUUGGAUUCUAACUCCUACUGGUCUGAUGCCUCUGGCUGGAAUUCAUCUUACAUCUUCUGGUACCCUUGGUAAUCAGAACCCAGUGAUGCCUAACAUUGUUCCUCAGGUGUUAUUUGAACCACCAGUCAUAGUGAACCAAAAUAGCUCUUUCGCAUUUGUCAAUGCUGUGCAACCAAGCAAUACAACAACUGUCUCUCCAGCCCUUGUCUUACCUGGAACUAAUGUUACACCUCCAACAGCUAAACCAAACCUUGAUCAGAGCCCUUGCCUUUCCACUGCCUCAAACCAACACAAUGUUUCUUCACUUCUCUCUGUUAAUAAAGACUCCAAUAUCUCAACUACUAUCACAAAUACAUAUAGUGUUUCUGGAGUUACUAAUGCUAGUAGUGUGCCCACCAUUCUUAGUAGCCCUGCAGUUCAGUCUAAAGUCUCAUGUAGUCAAAAUCAAUCCAUCUUGAGUCUUGUUCCCCAAAUGACAAUUCAGUCACCUAUAAUAGUCAACCAGAAUAGUUCCCUUACUCUCCUCUGUGAUGCUGUGAGACCCACAGUUCCCUUAAAUUCCUCUGUGGCCCCUAAACCUGUUGCAUCCAACCCUGUAGGAAUAAGUCAAAAAUCUAUGCCAACAUCUGGUGUGAACACCACCAAAGCCUCUUCAUUAACUUCUGUCAAUAAUGUUCUCAGUUUCUCUUCAGCUUCUGCUGUUACACAUGCACCUGCUGUCCGACCAGUCAGUCCCAGCUUUUUGACCCUUUCAAGUCCUGUAAUUCAGAUGCCUUCGCCUACUUUUCCAGGUAAUCAGAAUCAAAGAAUGCCAUACCCUCAGAUAGUAAGUCAGCAACCAGCCAUAACGAAACAGAAUGGCUCCACGGCACUCAUAAACAUUGCAGAAUCAAGUAUAACAGUGAAUGGCUCGCCAGCCCCUAUUACAAAUGUUUCUCCCAGCCCUUCAGCACCCAGUAGAGACCCUUCAGCAUCUGCUGCAGAGAUCUCCAAGGUCUCCUCUGCUUCCUCUGUUACUAAUGAACUUGUGUCCCCAGACUCUGCAACAAAAACACACUGUGUACCUUCAGGCCCCUCUUCAGUUUUGAAUGUAUUCACAUCUGUGGUUAGCAGUGAAAUGUCUGCAGCUGCUCCACAGAAGAAUUCUGUGCACCAGGGCCCAGUCUCCAUCCAACACAGGUUACCAGUUGAAGUAAGAUGUCUACCUAAAGGUCAGUUGGAUGCUAAUAAAACUGCUGGCUAUACUGACCCUAGUUGUCAAAUUUUGCAUAAGACGAAAGCCCCCCAGGCCAAAAAGAAACCACUUCAGCCAGCAGCAGCCAUGUCUAAACCUGGUCCUAAACCUGAUUCUCUACCUUUUGAUCCAAACCUGAUGUUCCUUGAGCAUCCUGGACAAGUGAAGGACUGGAUUAAAGGGAACGAUGGGAUUUCACUGCCUUAUCUGGAGGAAAAAAUGCCUUAUCUUCCCCCUUUUGUCAGCAAUAUCAAUACACUGGCCUGUUUACUCAAAGCAAAACAGUCUUUGUUGAAGACAGCAGUGCAGCUCUUACCUGAAGAAGACCAAGACGGCAGUGGGGAGGAAGAAAAGGUAGCCGCUGUCCGUAAACUGGUAUCCGAAAAAUUCAAAACCAACCCAGCAUACUUGCUUCUGAAGGCACGCUUUUUGUCAUGUUUUACCUUACCUGCCCUUCUGGCCACCAUACAUCCAUGCAAGGAGUCACAGGACAGUUAUGAUAAUGAAGAUGACACCAAUGACCAAGUCAUGCUCCAGAUUGCAGGAUCUCUGCUCAGCAAAAAUGAAUGCGAAGCAUCAGAAGCACAGUUUUCUGGGAUCAGGGAAAGAAUGCAAAAUGACCAUCACACAGUACAGAGAUAGGGAGCAGUAUGUCCUUGUUUUCUCUUUUUGCAUGAGAAUUACACCAUCUAAGUACUAUGCAGUGUAGUGGGUCUAGUAUAAUAUGUAAAAUGUACACGUGGUUUUGAAAACAAAUACAAACAAAAAAGUUGUAAUUUAUUUUUGCUGUUUUUUUUUGUUGUUGUUCAUGAAGAGUAAUUCCUUAACUUAAAUAAAACUGACUGACUGAAUCUUA